UCAUAUAACUUUAAGAAGUAACCCACAGGCUGAAUUUGGUACAACUAAUUUUGGCACCAAAAAUUAGACUUUUUAGCUAUGUUAGGAAUUAAAUAUGGAAUUACUCAUUUCCUAAAAUCAUAACACAAAAGUCUUUAAGAUCUCUCAAGUACAGGGCUAAGUCAUAUUAGUAGUGUGUGCAAUUUAACCAAAAAUCUUCCUUUGAUGCAAAUAUUUUGUUUCUCCUAAACUGAUAUUGCGUGUUAAAACUCUUUUGUCAUGUCAAAAAUACUAACGAUAGUUAAGCUAUCAAGGAUCUGAAAUCAUGGUAUGAGCCAUAAUGCCACAUCUUCCAUUAAGUUUUAGAAAUUUCAUGUUCAUAAUACCAAUACGGAUUUCAAAACUAAAUCUCUUGAAAAGAUUUCCAGAAAUUAUUGUUUAAAAGACAUCCAUUCUACAGCCAAAAUAUCUCAUUUCAUGCACGAAAAUAAGUGUUAUUUUUGGUCUAAAACAAUUGCAAAGACUACAACCUCUAAACUAGGGCCAACUAGACCAAGCCCUGUGACACCAUUAACAAUUUCUUCCAUGAACCACCGAGUCAGGAGGAGGCAUUCCAACUUGGAGACCUGUGAAAGGUCUCCACCAAAAUUAGGACAUUGGGCACCAAAAAUAGUACUCUCAGUAUUAGUAAAUUAAAGAUUAAGUCUCAAUA